GCGACCAGGGAGAGCCGCCCAAGGUGCGCCCGCCCGACGAGCCGUCCAAGGAGAGCCGGGUCGCGGCCGCGGAGGCCGCCCUGGUGGACGCGCUCGUGGCCCUGCACGGCGAGCUGCGGGGCAGCCUGGAGCGCAUGGAGGCCCUGCAGAGACACUGGGGCGACCCCCUCGACGAGCGCAGUGCGCUGCGCCGCGCCCUGCGUGCGGAGCUCCUGGCGGGCCUGCCGGCGGUCGGCCCGGACGGCACCCACGUCAGGGGAGGCGCUGCGAGGCGCAGGUGGAGAAGCGAGCACACCUCCCCAGAGGCAGACCGCAGACGGGCUUUAAGCGAGGCGCCCAUCCCAGACCGCACUGUGCCUCAUCGGCUGCCCCGCGGGGAUACGAUAACAUCAUGUACAUCCAUUGCGUCCCGCACGGAGACGGUGACGUCCGACGCUACCUCUUCGGCGGCUGUCAAGUCUUUUCCGACUGGCGGGUCUUCGGUUCAGGUUCAGCGGUCAAGAACCUCGAAAACUCUCUCGGCAUGGAUGUCCCCCGCAGAGAUUCCAGAGCCUCCACGGGCCCUGUCCGAUGCGUCUGGACCGCUGGGCAGGUCGCGGCUGUUGCUGUGGAUGCUAGUGCAUGUUCAUGUCAAGGUUUUUGACGCUGCCAUCGGCCUCCUCAUCGUUGCGAAUUCCAUCUGUGCGGGGGUGGAGACCCAGUGCGACUUGGAUGGCAGUGCGCAGUGCUCGAAGAUCACGCACGUUCUAGAGCAUAUCUUUCUGGUAGCCUUUCUGCUGGAGCUGAUUAUCCGCGCCGUCGCUGACGGCAGGAGUAUUCUGCAAAGUCCAUGGUUCCGGUUUGACGCCAUCUUGGUCCUCAUAGGAGUACUUUCAUUUUGGGUGGUAGAGCCCAUCAUACGGACUGUCAUGGCCAACGGCACCACCGAAGUCUUUGGCAUAAUUUCUUUGGUGCUCGUAUUGCGACUAUUGCGCCUCAUUCGCCUUGUGAGAGCCCUACGCCUCUUCCAGCAGUUCCAAGAGAUGUGGAAAAUUGCAAGUGGCUUCAUGGCUGCGCUCCGCACUGCUCUCUCCGCCUGCGUUCUAAUAGUGCUGACUGUCUACGUGUUUGCUUGUCUCGGCAGUGGGCUGAUCACGAGGAACUCUUCCUUACAUGAAGACCCGGCGACCGCAGAGUUGAUCCAGUCGCACUUCCCAUCGCUGCAAGCGCCGAAAGGAAACGUGGUGAUCACGAAGGUGGACCGCAGCAAGGGUGACGCCAUCACCCGGGGCACCUUCCAAGAGAGGAAGCAGGCCAACGCUUUGGCCAGACUGCACAGACUCAAGUGGCUAGAAGAGCAUGGCCGCGGCAGGGGCGAGGAGGCCCGUGCGCUCCGUGCGAAACUGGACAGGGCUCUGCCGCACAAGGACUUUGACCAGAUGGGAUCCCUCAGCGCGCUAGCCCGCCAGCAGGCUGUCGCACGGCUGAUGGCCGACGCAGAGGUGAGGCUCAGGACGCUCACCGAGGAACGGCGGGAGAAGCGGCUCGAGGACUGGCGCUCCCGGGUCCAGAGCACGCAGAGGAAAGCUCACGAAUGGCUCAAGGAUUUCACACCAAAAGACGUCAUGGUGAAGGAAGGCGAGACAACGGCGCAGGACACCAACGAGGCGCUGGGCAUGCUCCGUAGAAGGUGGAGGAAGGUGUGGGACCGAGAAAAACCGCCUGCACACAGGAGGCGGGAAAAGCUAGGCCAAUGGCUGCCGAUGCUCCCGGAGCAACAGUGGCCCAAGCUCAGCGAGCAAGACGUGAGAGAAGGGCUGCGCAGGCAGGCGGGCUCCAGCGCCGGGCCAGACGGCUGGACUGGAGACGAGCUCGUGGACGCCAUGUUCGCCAGCGAGGCCAUCACCAACCUGCUCAACGAGAUGGAACAGGCCGCCUGCGUGCCAGACGGGUGGAAGCAGCACCGGCAGGCGCAUCUGCCAAAGGCUGUGCCCGAGGGAGGCAGCAACGCGCUGAGCGCCGAGGACUAUCGGCCCAUCUGCGCGGCGAGCGCCUGGUACAGGCUGUGGGCGACCUCCAGGGUACGCUCAGAGGCCAGCCGCAGGUGGCAAGACACCUGGUGGGAUACGGACAUGGUCGGUGCGAAGAAGGGGUUCGAGUCGCACCAGGCCACUGCGUCCUCGAUAGUGGCGGCGAACAUGGACAUGUACGUCACCUCCUGGGACUACAGCCUUGUUUUCGAUAUGGCGGACCCCGCCAUCGCCGGCCACGCGCUGUCUGAGCUGGGCCUCCCUUCAAACAUUGGCAACAUGCUGAUGAGCACGUGGGGAGAUCAGCGCCGGUGGUUGCAGCUCGCGGGCUGCACCCUGCAGGAACCACAGAGGGUCAGCAGCAGCCUCCCCCAUGGGGACCCCUGGUCGCCAAUGGCCCUCUUCGCAAUGCUGCUUGCGCCGCUCAAGCAGAUCAAGCACAACUGCGAGGACAUCCACGUGCAGUUGCACAUCGACGACCGCACCUGGGAGAGCCCCAGCAUCAUCACCAUGCUCCGCGCCGCGGACUACUGGACCAAGUGGUCAGAGACGCUGGGCUUGAAGGAAAACGAGAAGAAAAAACAGUGGCUGCACCGGCGUCCUCGCCAAAGGCGGCAACUUGCAGAGGCAGGAAUUGACCCGGCCAGCAUCCACGACGCCAUCGACGUGCUGGGGGUCAAGAUCACUUUAGGGCGCAGCAGGAAGCUCUCUAAGAAGGAGACCAGGUUCCGCGCACAGCAGGACACGAUCAUGGCACUGGCCAGAGUCGUAUCCAAGCGGGCCCACACCCUCAGCGACUUCGCCUGGGUGCUGCCCUGGACGCAGAAGGGAAGCUUCGCCGCUGAGGUAAGCAGCCACCUCAAAUUGACGGGAUGGAGACCCACCGCCGCCCGGUGGACCUGGCAGCAUUCAGGCUUGGAAAAUACUCCCAUCACGCUGGACCACACCAGCCGGGAAUGGAGGCCACCCAGGGCGCUGGGGCACGUGUUGCGCGAAGCCUGGCGCCAUGCCCAGUACGACAGCUUCAUCAAGUCCAAGCGCCGCGACGCGGCCAUCAUCAGGCAGAGCGGCAUCGGCUACAACCCCGUCAGGGUCAAGGCUGUGGCCCAGUGCUACGACGAGAACCCAGGGAAGGCGAUGAGGGUGCUGGCAGGCGCCGUCGUCUCGCCCAUGUGCAUUGCGAUCGCCAGGAGGGACCCCGGUCUGGGGGAGUGCCCCUGGCGUGGUGCGCCACACGGAACACUGGACCACAUCGCGUGGGAGUGCGCUAACGUGCCCGGCCGGCCACCAGUCCGGCCUGCUGACGUGCUCCAGCGCAGGCUGUUCUGGCCGAAGGGCACGAAGGCGGCGCGAGCAGUGGGCGAGACCAUCUUCCGCUGGGCGUGCACGCUGGACGACCUCCUCCUGCAGGAGAGGCCGUUGUCGAUGACAACUUGGUAUAUUCUAACGCUGGCUCGGUUCGCGAACGCAGACUCCAUGUCCGCUGUGUACACGCCGAUGGUGGAGAGAGCAUGGUACUUGAUGUUCUAUUUUGGCCUUGUGUGGCUCAUCGUCACGGCCGCGGCGGGGAAUCUGGUUAUUGGUGUUAUUGUGGACACAGCCCGCGUCCAAGGCGAAUAUGAUCAAGAUUUCGAGUUGGCCGUGCAGCGGAAGAGGAACAUAUUAGAAUCGGACCAGCUCGUAGCAGUCUGCGAAUACCUCGACCCCGACGGCUCGGGCGUGAUCGACGAGACGGAGUUCAUCGAUGGAAUCUUCACCUUGGUGCUCCAGUCCGUCCCCAUCGAGACUACCCAGAUACUGCAGAUGCUGCGCUCGCAGAGCGGCGUGCUGCAGAGCAUCGAACGGGCG